GCGUCCACGUAAAGCCAUUUUGGGGACGGUGUCAGUUUCCGCGGAGCGCGCGCGCACGCAUACUCGCGCACACCACUACCGCCGCCGCUGCUGCGUUUCCACUCGCGAGGAGGAGGAGGGCUAAGUCGGCUAUUUUGGAGGCAAACUUGGCGGUCGCCGAGUGUGGACCGAACCCGAACCUACGCCGGAGGACUUUGCCGGUGCUCCGCUUGCAAAGUCCCAGGGUCGCUAGCGGAGGGCAGCGUCGGUUCCUUCCCGCCCCCACCCCCGUGUGAAGUGCGCUCGCCUCGGCCGCUGACAGCGUCUGCAGCCUGCUUCAAGAUGGCGGCUCGGCUCCGAUUCAUUCGCUGCUGAUUGCCUCCCAACUUUCAUUGUCUGUCCGCAGCACCACACCUCCCAUCCCGGCGCACAGCCUCCUUUCUGUCAUCAUGCAUCGGACGACCAGAAUCAAGAUCACCGAGCUCAACCCCCACCUCAUGUGCGUCCUGUGCGGGGGUUACUUCAUCGACGCGACCACCAUCAUCGAGUGUCUGCACUCAUUUUGCAAAAUGUGCAUCGUUCGCUACCUGGAAGCCAGCAAAUAUUGUCCCAUCUGUGACGUGCAAGUGCACAAAACCAAGCCUUUGCUCAACAUCAGGUCUGACAAAACUCUCCAGGACAUUGUCUACAAGCUGGUCCCAGACCUCUUCAAAAAUGAAAUGAAGAGAAGAAGAGACUUUUAUGCUGAGCAUCCCGUAGAAGCUUCCAACAGCUCCAACGAAGAUCGUGGAGAAGUAGCAGACGAGGAAAAGAGAAUAAUCACAGAUGAUGAAAUCAUCAGUCUGUCUAUUGAGUUCUUUGAUCAGAGCACCCACAGACUCACAGGUUGUCUAGAAGACAAGCAUCCUAAAGAUCAGGUGGCAAACAAAAGAUACCUGCAGUGUCCAGCAGCAAUGACCAUCAUGCAUCUGAGGAAGUUCCUUCGCAGCAAAAUGGACAUCCCUAACACUCACCAGGUAGAAGUCAUGUAUGAAGAUGAACCCCUGAAAGAUUACUACACAUUAAUGGACAUUGCGUACAUCUACACAUGGAGACGGACCGGCCCGCUGCCUCUGCACUACCGCGUGCGGCCCAACUGUAAGAAGAGGAGGGUGAGCCACAUGCAGCCGGAAGUCACCAGCCGCUCCGCACCGGAAAGCGACUCAUCCAGCGACAAAGCCGGAAGUCCCGCGGGGGCGCCGUCUGCGUCCUCCUCUAUGCCGAGCCCGGACACCCCAGCGCCUUCCCCGCUCCCUCGGCCCCCGCACAAGCCGACCAGCAACGUCAACGGAAUCCCGGCUUCGACUGCGGUGGCGAGUCGGCCCUUCACGCAGCUGAGCGGCAAGCCGAGGAAAGUGUCUUUGAACGGAACAUCCACGUCGUCAGGAUGACAGCGAACAAGCUGGCGCUCACUUCCACUGUAUAGUCUUUCUACUCCUUCCAUUUCCGUACAGCAUUUCAAAAUAAAAAGGCAAAAGAGGUAUUAUGAAAGAGCGUUAGGGGAAGCAAAAGCAUUGAAUUAUUAUUUACAGAAGUAGUUUAUUUUAUUCAACUCUGUCGCCCAAGUGAACCGUGUUUUGGUCAGUUAUUCCUCGUGUGUUUGAAUAUUUUAACGCAUGCUCAUGGCUACGACAGUUAUGUUCUGCUGGGUUGUUUUUUCUAAAAGACAAUGUAAAAAAACGUUUUUAGACACCACAUGUACAUACAAAAUACAGUAAUUGCUAUUUAAUCAGCGGUGAUGGAAAGAUGCUUCCGGUUUUGCUACGUUUCAAGCUCAGUGACGUCACUUUUCCCGUUUAUUCGUUUAUCUGCUCGACUGUAUGGACAACUUAUUGUAUUGUUACUGUUGCACAGUAUAAAACUAAAAUAAAAAAUACACUCAA